AUGGUUGAGCUGAUACCUCCUCCUGAUCCCCUCUCUUUACUCCCUCCCUUGCUCGCAUGUCUACCUACCUCGUUCGCAUCUCCUAGACCACCGCCCGCACUGCUACCUUUGCUGUCUCCCGUACUACGGCAGCGGUUACAACUACACACACCGACUUCGUCACGCGACAGCUGGGCUGGGCUGUUGUGUUGGGAUGCCAAAAAAGGCGAAGUGCUGAAGGACAAGAUCGAGGGCGCAGUCUUCGAGCCUCACCCAGCGUCUGGCGAGAUCGAAGUGGGUGAGACACAUCAGAUAAAAUACAAGAGGUUUGAUGAAGAGACAUUACGGGCACAGAUUCCUCUAGUGGACUGGCCAUUCACCGCCUUAUAUCUGUGGUGCACUGGGAAUGAGGAGGGCAAUGCCUGGAAGCUUGCAGAGUUGUUGCCGUUUGACCAAGACCUCCAAAGAGACCCUUCUUGGUCGACCUCUAUUGGCGAAGCAAACGAGAGUUCCAAGGAGCGGCUGGUCGACGAAGCUCUGCAGGAGGCCGACAACGCUGCAAACGCGAGAAGUCAGAGAAAUCUAUCAGUUCCACCGGCGAACGAGGAUGACUACUGGGCCAUGUAUGACAACACACCCAGCAGGACCCCUGCUCGGAAAGAAUCCGUCCAACCUGCACAAGGUCCUUCUGAAGACGAGUAUUACGCUCGAUAUGGGAGUGUUCAACCUGCCAUGGAUAAUCACGACCCAGACGAACAGAUGGAGAGCAGCGAAGAACCUCGGUUGAAUGGGCACGCGCUGCAGCAGAUGCUGUCAGCAAAUCGGCAUCCUCAUACCGAACCAGAUCCUCCUCCAUACCAGGGAGGAUUCGCCGACCUCGCAAACGAUCCGGGGGAGAUAGAAGUAGAGGUCAAUCAGCCAGUACCGUCGUCCCCGUCGUCGAGGGGAUCUGACGCGGUGGCCCGGCUGGAAGAGCAUGCAGAGCGGUACGGAGCAUCAGAAAUUGGCAUCAGGCAGCAUAUCAGCACCACCAUGAAAAGCAUGUAUCGGUUGGCACGUAGUGCAGGUAUCACUCGGGGGGAAUUUGAGCGCAUGAUGCAACGGGAAUUGGAAACUCUGAGUCUGCUGGAUCUAGAUGAGUGA